GGACCCGAACAUGGCGGCGGUGGUGGCUGCUACGGCGCUGAAGGGCCGGGGGGCGAGAAAUGCCCGCGUCCUCCGGGGGAUUCUCUCUGGAGCCACGGCUAACAAGGCUUCCCAGAACAGGACCAGAGCACUGCAGAGCCACGGCUCACCAGAAUGCAAGGAGGAGCCUGAGCCCCUCUCCCCUGAGCUAGAAUACAUUCCCAGAAAGAGGGGCAAGAACCCCAUGAAAGCUGUGGGACUAGCCUGUUGCAGGUGGAAAGCUGAAUCCAAGGGAAGGAAAUUGCUGGAGUCAAGGGAUGGAAUCUCAGAAGAGUGGGGUGAGGUGAGAGUGGAACGAUAUGUAAAACUGGGGGACAGUGGCUUUUCUGUGCAGCAAAUUGAGCUGAUCUGAUUAGAGUCACUGGAUUCAUCCUUCUUUCCUUUGGGAGCAGGGGUAACAUUCCAGUCCCAGUAAUUAAUUAAAAUAGUUUCAGCUUGUGUUGUAUAGAAGCUAGAUGUGUUUCUGUGAGUUCUGUGGUUCUGAUUCUGGCUUUAAUACAUAUUACUGAUUAUCAGUCACUAAGGUAAAAGGGAGGGAAAUUAAUUUUUUUCCAGCAAAUGUCUGAGGUAUGACAGUACUUUGCCAUAUAAUGUUUUAAGCUUUCUGAGGUAAACACUGCACUUCCAUCUCGCCAAGGAGGGAACAGAGGCCCCCAGCUGCGACUGUCACCAGCUCUAGUGGCUUCCUGUUCUUUGGCCCUUACCAAGGCCCUAUUUUAGAAGCAGUUGCUCAGAUGGAGAGUUGGUCGAUGUCCCUUAGUGGUUGCGCACAUGCUUAAUGUCUUGAAGCCCUAAGUUCAAUUUGCAACACCAUAAAGAAAAAUAGAGGGGUCGGGCAAGGGACAUGAGACAGUGUAUGUAGAGAGGUCUUUUGCUAACUCAGAGCAAUCCUGGGCUGCUUAGGCUAUCACACAGAAGCAUUCACAGAAGUGAAGAGGCUCAUGAAUACCAGCCAUAAGAGGAGAAAUGAAGAGGUAGGUAGACCACACUGGGCUUUUAGUGCCAUACCUAGGAGUUUGGAGUUGGCCAGGAUGUAAUAGAGAAUUACUAUGGUGGUCUAAAGCAGGCAGCAGCAGGAGGCUCUGGUUUGUUGGGUCCCUCCAGCACUCAGCACAAAGGACAGGUAAACAGAAGAUGUCUCACCACAGCAUUUGUACAAGUGGCAAAGCUGGACUGAUUCUUCUAGCUCCUCUGGCUCAGUCCCAGUCCCUGCCCAAACCCGGUGCACAUCUCCCCAU